UAUCACAAAGAAGACGCUGAAAAUGUCUCCUAACAUGACCUGUGACGCUCUCCAGUCUUUUUCUCCAAGGCUAACUGUAGCCAAAAGAAAAGAAGCUCUUGAGCUUAGAAAGACAAUGAAACCUUUAAUGGAAAAAAGAAGGCGCGCCCGUAUCAACGACAGCCUGAACCUUUUGAAAAACCUCAUUCUUCCCCUCACAGGCAGAGAUAAGACUCGCUACUCCAAGCUGGAGAAAGCUGACAUCCUGGAAAUGACUGUGAGGUUCCUCUGCGACAUUCCCCCUGUUAAAACAAAAAAUUCCGCAGACAGUUACAAGGAAGGCUACAAAGCCUGCCUCCAGCGCGUCUCCAGCCUGCUUCCCAAAACGAAUCUGGACCAAGACGCGUGUCAGCGGGUGAACGAAUUCGUCCAGCAGUCCAUGUCCGCCACGGUCACCCCAGCCUGUCUGAGCUGCUGCGCUCAGAGCUCCAGGACCUUCCCUGAGAUCCAACAGAGACUCCUGAGCCUCAAAUCCAGCUUCAGCUCCAGGCUGGAGAGCCAGUCCCGCAGCGGCGCAGCGGCUCCCAGCCGAGCCCAGUCAGGGCCGCAGGCUGUCGGCGAUGCCAUGUGGAGACCUUGGUAGAGUUCCUAAAUCAAAGUAGCUGGAUCUCCCAAAACCCUGUAAAAAGACUGUAAAGUGUUUCAUAUGUAGGCAGCAUGUUGAGAGGCAUCACUUGUAAAAAUGCACAGUGAUUCACAGCCUCGCUACCGUUGAUGAAAAGCCAGAAUUCAUCGUUAAAUCGUAUUGGUUGAGUAUUAUAUACUUACGUUGCGCACGAGUCUAUUGUCCAGUAUAAGUUGACACGUUUAGACAGUCGUAUUUCUUUAAAUCUGCAUGUAUGUAUACGGUAAAUAUUUAGUCCGCGGACUAAGUGAUUAAGGGCCAUUGAAACAGCCCUGUAAGACCCAAAGGGUCAGUCUGAAUUUGCACAAUAGACUUCAGUGUUUUGAGUCUGUGCAGAUGAACUAUGUAGACAUAUUAUGUGUCAUUCAAAGUAUCUCUGUCGGGAUGUGUUUUAUUUUUGCUAUUUAAAGCAAAUGGUGUAUAUAUGUUAUAUAAACUAAAAUAAAACUACGAUGUCGUGGUAAAAUAUUGUGUUAUGUUGUUGGCGCACUUCACACACACAUGAGGAUAAAGUGAAUGCACCUUGCAUCGGGUUAUAAUUACAGGGGCAAACUACUGUGUAAUCAGAUUCAUUGUAUUGAAAGGCAUCAGAAACACAUGUUUUAAUAAGGCCUGCCACCUUCC